AUGGGGUUUGUCCAAGUUGUCAAGAAUAAGGCAUACUUCAAGAGAUACCAAGUGAAAUUUAGAAGAGCGAGAGAGGGCAAAAUGGAUUACUAUGCUCGGAAACGUUUGGUGAUCCAGAAUAAAAAUAAAUACAACACACCCAAAUACAGGAUGAUAGUUCGUGUAACCAAAGACAUCAUUUGUCAGAUUGCUUGUGCCUGUAUAGAAAGAGAUAUGAUAGUUUGUGCAGCUUAUGCUCAUGAAAUUCCAAAGUAUGGUGUGAAGGUUGGCCUGACAAACUAUGCUGCAGCCUAUUGCACUGGCCUGCUGCUGGCCUGCAGGCUUCUCAAUAGAUUUGGCAUGGACAAGAUUUAUGAAGGCCAAGUGGAGGUCACUGGAGAUGAAUAUAAUAUAGAAAGCAUUGAUGGAAAACCUGGUGCUUUCACCUGCUAUUUGGAUGCAGGACUUGCCAGAACUACUAUUGAAAACAAAGUUUUUGGUGCCCUGAAAGGAGCUGUAGAUGGAGGCUUAUCUAUCCCACUGUACCAUCUCUCUGGCCCUGAAAGAUGCAUUCCUCAGAGUUUCAACAAUUUCAAAGAUAAAGAGAAGCCCUAG